UGCUUCAAACAAGCUACAAGGUAGUUUUUAAUAAUAAGCGCUCCCAUUUACCCAAAAGCCACGCUAACGUAAUGGCUUUUUUUGUAUUGCUUUUACCAUCAUGCGACUGCAUGAAUAUUUUUUAAAGACCUGUAUCAGAUUUCAUUUUAGCCAAUUAUACAUAAUAAACAAUGUACUGUAUUUUGUUUCGUAUUUCAUUCAUGUUUCAUGUAAAAUCAAUGCAAUUGUUAUUAAUAAAACCAAAACGUGUGUCCUCCAAAAUGAGGAAUAUUUGUAUGGAAUAUGACAGGUACAUGCUAGAAUGUUAUAACGGCUAGGUCAUUAGAUGUUUUCAUGUUUAUUUGCUAAAAUGUUAGGCAGGAAAAAAUUGUGGGGAUUUUGUUUAAGGAAUGUUUCAACCAUUUCUUCCAAUUUGUUAUCUUGUACUUUGUCCCGUAUAACAGUGCAAAUUACCACACUGGUAACAAGUUCACGAACACUUGCAUCGGUACAAACAAAAUGGCAGAUCUUGUAUAAUCACUGCAAGUGCUAUUCUACUGAAAGUUUGCUACACCAAAGCACAAUAUAUGCUGUUUCUUCUGGGUUUGGAAAAUGUGGGGUUUCCAUUAUCCGAGUUUCUGGCAAGUGCUCCCCAAAUGCGCUGCUAAAACUAACCAAAAGAAAAAGUUUACCUGGACCUAGGAAAGCUAUCGUGCAACCAAUAUAUCAUCCAGUCUCGAAUUUAAUGUUAGACCGCUCACUGGUUUUGUGGUUUCCACGCCCAAGCAGUUUCACAGGGGAAGAUGUUUGUGAAUUUCAGGUCCAUGGUGGGCCAGCAGUAAUUGCAUCGGUUCUUAAUGCACUUUCAUGCAUUACGGGCCUAAGGCCUGCGGAAGCAGGUGACUACACAAAGCAAGCGUUUUUAAAUGGGAAGUUGGAUCUUACAGAGGUGGAGGGGUUAGGUGACCUGAUACAUGCAGAAACCGAAGCCCAGCGUCGACAAGCGCUUCACCAAAUGGAAGGGUCCUUGGCAUCGUUGUAUAAGGGCUGGAGUAAUGAAGUUCUGAGGUGCGUUGCUCACUUAGAAGCAUUUAUUGACUUUGAAGAAGAUGAAGACCUGGAUCCAGAUAUCAUUUGCAAUAUCAGGUUAAACACAACAAAAAUGAUCUCUAAAAUACAACAUCAUUUAUCAGAUGAACGUCGCGGAGAGAGACUGAGAGAUGGGGUAAGAGUGGCCAUCAUUGGUAAGCCGAAUGUGGGGAAGAGCAGUUUACUGAAUGCUGUCACCCAACGUCCAGCUGCCAUCGUGUCUCCUAUACCUGGUACCACAAGGGAUGUUAUUGAAACUGCUCUGGAUAUUUCAGGCUUCCCAGUUUUGAUAAGUGAUACUGCUGGUUUGAGAAGAAGUCAUGGUGUUAUAGAAAAACAAGGUGUCGAUCGGGCAUAUGUUAAAGCCAAAGAAGCAGACUUAGUUGUCUUGGUGGUUAAUUCCCAAGAGGUAAAUAAUAAAGAUUUAAAUAACUUCUCAGAAUUUAUCAAACAACAUGCCCAUGAAUUGCACCUUGAAAAGACUUCAUUGGAAAACUUAAUUGUGAUUUUAAAUAAAUCGGACUUGUUAGAAAGUGAAAAACUUAAGAAAAUUCGUGAUUUACAAUCAGAGUACGCUAGUGUGUUGUUAAUUUCUUGCAAAACAUUGGAUGGAUUUCAAGACCUUCUACAAACUUUUUCCAAAAGACUCGAAAAGCUGUGUGGUGGUUCUUGUGUUGGUGAAACUCCUAGUGUUACUCAACAAAGGCACAGGCUCCAUCUAAAUAACUGUGUUUCAUUCCUUGAAAAAGGAAACCAAUUUUUGAAUAAGGAUGUUGUUAUAGCUGCUGAAUAUUUUCGAAUGGCUUUAACUGAACUGGGUCGUAUUUCAGGCAAAAUAGGAUCUGAGGAUAUUUUAGAUGUAAUUUUUAAAGAUUUUUGUAUUGGGAAAUAAUUUGUAUAGGCCUAUGUUAAUAAAAAAAACAUUUUUCUGACGUUGUCACUUUCAUACAUUUGUGUUUAG